UCGAGAGUUGAGUUGAGAAUAGUCUUGUCGACUUGUCGAUGUACAGUGAGCGAAAGAGACAACUUUGUGCCUCCGCUGAAGUUACUUUGUCAUGGAGGUGACGUCGCGCGUUCACAUGCACUGCUAAAGAAAGUGUACUUUGGAUAUUUGUGGACAAAAAUGUCAAGAAAGUGCCGAGCAGCCGUCCAGCAACCUGGGCUGUCCUCCCUGUAAAGGGUGGCAGCCACAGCACUGGCUGCUGGGAUGCUACGGAAGAGCAGCAGCAGCAGUGGUAGCAGUGGGACACUGCACACCAACCAGGGUCUGCCACGAUACCUGUCCAAGCCUCACACGGGCUCCCUGUCAUCCAGGUCCACCAAGACUUUGGAUACGGGCCGCGGCCACAAGAAUCCUAACCCUCUGAGCAGCAUGGGCCUAUUGUCCCGGCCAGUGGGGGCCCCAGGAGUGGACCCCGAGUAUGUAAUGCAGCUAGUGAAUGAUGUGCGGUGGUUUGCUGAUGUGCUCCUUAGCCUCAAGGAUGCUUUCCACUGUAAAGAAAGUGUGGAAGGCCUCCAAAAGGUGGUGCAGGAGCGCUUGACAGAGUUACUCCGCGUCCUCAAGGCUGUCAUCGGCAAACACCACACCCUCAACUCAGUGGACAUCCUCGGAGCAGCCGGCACGGUCAUCGCCAAGGUCAAAGCCGUUAACUUCAAGGAAGUGAACUCAGAAAACACCAAAGCUAUAUUUGGAGAGAUACACACAUCCAUUGACACCUUGGCUUUCACGUUUGGCAAUGUAGUUUCUGACUUCCUUAUGGGAGAUGUGGAUGGCGGCUCAGGGUUGGGGAUCCCCCAGACCAGGAGGAGCAGGUCUUACGACAACCUCUCUGUGGAUCCUGACGGAUAUGUUUCAGAGAAAAGUGACCUUGUGGGGCCUGAGGUGCCGUUGUCGCGGGAGGAGGAGGUUGACCUGACCCUGCUGAAAAAUGACAGUGGGGUGGAGUCUGCUCUGCUCUAUGCCAAAGCCUGGUCCAAGUACAUUAAAGACCUCCUGGCCUGGAUGGAGAAAAGGAUAACCAUGGAUAUUGAAUAUGCUAAAAGUUAUGCCAAAGUGGCCGAGUCUGCAAAGGCGCUGGCCAGUCAACAGGACUACAUGCCGUUCAGUGAGAUCUACAUUUCCACAUUCAAGAAUGACAUUGAGUACAACCAGCUGCUAAUUCAAACUGCAAUGGCUCUUCAGACAAAUAAAUUCAUACAGCCUCUUCUGGCUCGCAAGAAUGAACUGGACAAGCUGAGGAAAGAUAUCAAAGAGCAGUGGCAGCGGGAACUGAAGAAAAUGGGUCAAUCUCAGCUGACGCAGUGCGACAGACGGGGUCACACUCUGGACAGCUCGCCCGUCCAUCACAGAGACAAACAACCAUUUACUCUCUCAUUCACAUCUACGCAAGAGGCAGAUGUGACCUUGCGUAAGGCUCGAGCAUUUAAGGUCCAGAGGAGAGAGGAGUACCAGAGAGCUCGCUCGUCCAGCAGCCGCUCCCAGGAGGAGCUGUCCAGUAACGCCGCUAACAAACAGCUGGAGAAGAAGAGGAGGCUGGAGGAGGAGGCACUGCAGAAGGCGGAGGAGGCCCAGGACCAGUACCAGAGCUGUAUGGCCGACGCAGGCUUCAGGAGGAUGGAUCUGGCUAAUGUUAAGAGCACCUUCCUCACACAGAUCAGAGAGAUGGUCUUUCAGUGUGACCUCACACUCAAAGCUGUGACAGUGAACUGGUUUCAGCUGCAGCAGACGCAGACCGUGUCUCUUCCUGCUCACCACCAGGCUUUGAGUGAAAGUGCUAAGUUGUACGAUCCGGGCGAAUGCUACGCUGAGUUUGUCCGGAAUCUGCCCAAGAAUCUGCCCAAAGAGCGGCUUCACUCUGACUCCACGUCCUUUGACAACAGCAGGUUUGUGUUCAACAAAAGGUCAGUGGGCAGCACUCACUCCUCCCACGGCAACCUGUCGCAGGCAUCCAUCACCUCCGACGUGCUGAGUGGAGAUGAAGUGGACGGUCCCUUACACCGGCCACUGAAGAUCAGCGAGCAGGGCUCCAACAGCAGCGCGGACAUGCAAGCACUGAGAGGUCAGGCCCCGCUGAGAGCCUGGGCCUCCAGCAGUCAGGGGAGUCAGGGGAGUCAGGGAGGGAUGUGCAGUGACUCAGAGAGCGCUGGAGGCAGCAGCGAGUCCCGCUCCAUGGACUCACCCACUGCUAGUCCAGGUGACUUUAAGCGUCGUCUGCCCAGGACUCCGUCCACUGGAACCAUGUCCUCAGCUGAUGACCUGGACGAGAGGGAGCCGCCGUCACCCUCAGAUAAUGGUCUGGCAGAGAUGGUGACAGAGACGGCCAGUUCUCCCGGUCCUUUCAGAAAUGCUCCCAUGUCCAAAGCUGCUCAAACCCAUAAGCUGAGGAAACUGCGAGCGCCGUCCAAGUGCAGGGAGUGCGACAGUCUGGUGGUUUUCCAUGGAGCCGAGUGUGAAGAGUGCUCCUUGGCCUGUCAUAAGAAAUGUCUGGAGACACUUGCGAUCCAGUGUGGUCACAAAAAACUACAAGGCAAACUUCAGCUGUUUGGUAUCGACUUUGCUCAAGCAGCCAAAAACAGCGUGGACGGCGUUCCCUUUAUCAUCAAGAAGUGCACGUCUGAGAUUGAGAGUCGAGCACUCAACAUCAAGGGAAUUUAUCGUGUGAAUGGCGCCAAAUCCCGCGUUGAGAAGCUCUGUCAGGCAUUUGAAAAUGGGAAGGACUUGGUGGAACUGUCUGACCUUUCACCCCAUGACAUCAGCAAUGUCCUCAAACUCUACCUGAGACAGCUUCCAGAGCCAUUGAUCCUGCACAGAUACUACAAUGACAUCAUCGGCUUGUCCAAAGAGUGUCAGCGAGUGAAAGUAGACGAAGCCGAUAAAGCCCCGAGUCCUCAGACUGCAGAGAGGAGCGGCCCCAGCACGCGGCUCAACACAGUCAUUUUAAAGAUCCAAGAUCUUCUCCGUCAACUGCCCACAGCCAACUACAGGACUCUGCGCCACCUUCUCGCUCACCUGAGCAGAGUGACGGAGCAGGCAGAAGAGAACAAGAUGACCGCGAGUAACCUGGGAAUCAUCUUCGGCCCCACGCUGGUGAAGCCCCGGCAGACGGACGCAGAGGUGUCCCUGUCCUCCCUGGUGGAUUACCCCUACCAGGCCCUGAUGGUGGAGCUGCUGGUGCGAUACUUCCACAUAGUCUUUGAUGCGUCACCUCUGUCCAGCUCUGACAUCGUCUCCGCCGCUGGACACAGAUCGCCCAGACUCAACACGCAGGACAAGGUGCAGCGGCUCAGCAGGAACUCCACCUCUCUGAUGGACCUCAAAGAGAGUGCCAAAGUGUACAAGAGAUACUCGUCAGUGAUCCCGUCCUCACACAUCCUGGAUGAGGUGCAGGAGGUCCAGCCAGGGACGGACAGAACAGACUGCAGCGCGUCCAGUCUCAACGGGACGUCCAGCGGAGGAGACGUCCAGAGUGCCAGCUCAGUGUCCGGCCAUCCCAGCAUCACCACUCACUCUGUCGCACCGAAGGUCCAGCUCCGCGCCCAGCGCAUCAGACACGUCUCUCGCCCCGUCAGCAUGCCGCUGGAACGGCUGCCCACGCCCGCUCAGAUCAGCGAGAGGAAUCACCGGAACGCCGACGCCACCGCGGCUGAAACUAUCCAGGAGACACCAGAGCCGCGGCAGAGCGGCUCGUCCAGGGUCAGCACCUACUACAUCACGCCGUUCAUCGACACGCAGACCAUGCAGAGGAGGACGUGGGACAGGAAGUACAAGCACUAUGACGUCACACCCAGAACUGCUAUGAUAGUGGCCAACCUGCCAUCUGCUGGAGUGCAACCUCUGAAGGCCACGGUGCCCGUCUCUGUCAACCCGACUGUAACCACCGCCAGUCUGACCCCCGUGGUCUCCACCACAGCCAGUCUGACCCCCGUGGUCUCCACCGCAGCCAGUCUGACCCCCGUGGUCUCCACCACCAGCUCGGCCCGGCCCGUCUGGACUUCUAAAAGGGAAAAUAACUCAGACGAUUCAGUCAGUGACUCGAGCAGCUCGCCAAACCUUCCACUGACGCUCAGGGCGCCGAGGACGCUGCAGCCCCCUCCUGGAACUUUCUACAGGCCCCCGGUCUCUGUCAACAGCAGAGCUAGGACGCUUUCAAACUGGACUACUGCUGUCAGCACCACCACCACCACCACCACCAUCACCUCUGGUGGUCAGAUACUUGCCCCGUCCCCUGCUCUUUCACGCCCCACACAGACACAGCUCCACAGCCAGGACUCCAGCGACUCCACGGCGGACUCGGGCGUCUCCGCCUCCGCCUCCCUGUCGCCCACUCAGCUGUCGAGCAGCCCCGACGACCUCUGCACCAGCGAGACUAAACCUGUGAGCCAGAGACUGAGAGCUCGGCGGCUGCAGGAGUUUGAACACAGAGAGGCUCAUUUUGUCUGAUGCCAAAAAAACAUGUCAAUAUUAUUAUAUCUGUGCCAUAGUGUACAUGUGGGGAGACCAGAGGAGCGUGUGUGUGUGUGUGUGUGUGUGGGGGGGGGCUGUGAGAAUCAACCAUGAAAGUGUUAUAAGUACUAAUAUAUAUAUGUAUGUGUAUAUAUAUAUAUACAUAUACACAUAUAAUUGUACAUGUUUGAGUCAGUGACUUGGUCUAAACGUUCAAAACAAGCAAACACAAGAGCAGAGCGUGAAUGUUUACUGUCACAUUUUUUAAAUAUCAAAUAUAUGAAUCGUCUAUUUUUAUGUCAAAGAAUUUGUUGUUGCCAACAAUGAAAUGGAUUUUUGUCUGUAAAGAGAAUUCAGCCUCGUCAUAUAUUAUUAAUAUUAUCGCCCGAUGCACUUAAUACAGGUUCAAGGUCUAACGUGGUCUUUGUUGUUUGGAUUUGUUCCCGUCAGGAAUAAUCAAAGUUCUUCAUGUGAAAGAAGUCGAUGUGUAACUGUUGUUGUUGUUGUUGUUACUGUUUCUCAGUCUGUAAAGCUUCUAUGUUUUUUAUAUUCGUCCAUUUGUUCCAGCUGUUUUCAUCUCAUCGCAACAAUGCAACGAUCUUUGCUGCAAAUUAAAAAAGGUUCUUUGACUGUUA